AUGUCUGAGCUGCGCCGCUUUUGCCCCUCUUUGGGAGCUGUGAAAGUGCUGGGGGAAAAAGAGCAAAGAAAAAAGCUGCUGCAGCACAUCUUGGCAGUUUGCAGAAGGACAAAAGACACGCAGCAGCAAAAGAAGAAGCAGCAGCAGCAGCAGCAGCAGAAACAGUCCGCAGCAGGCAGCAAGAGGCACAGCCCCGCGUCCGACGGACCCUGCAGCAGCAAACAGCAGCAGCAGCAGCAGCAGCAGCAGCAGCAGCAGCAGGCAGAAGAGCAGGAAACACCCGAAAACGACGAGCAGCAGUCGCAGCCCGACCAGCCGCAGCAGCAGCAGCAGCAGCAGCAGCAGCAGCAGCAGGCAGAGGAGGAGGUCUUUCCAGAGAUAAUUAAUGUAGUUGUUGCUUCUUAUGAAAUGCUGAUGGCCGAAAGAAACAUUUUAGGACAAAUACACUGGGAGUACAUCAUCAUAGACGAGGCCCACAGAAUCAAAAACGAAGCAGGGAAGCUGGCAACGACUGUGCGGCAGUUUGCUUCCAACUACAGACUGCUGCUGACGGGAACGCCUUUGCAGAACAACCUGCGGGAGCUGUGGGCGCUGCUGCACUUCCUGCUGCCGCAGCUGUUUGAUGACGGAGAUGAGUUUUUAUCUCUUUUUGAUUUAAGUGCUGCAACAAAUGAAGAGGGGGCGCAGCUGACGCAGCAGCAAAUAGAAGAAAGAAAUUUGCAAAUUGUCAAAAGACUCCACAGGAUACUCAGGCCCUUCAUGCUCAGACAUGCAAAGACAACUUUACAAAGACCUCCUGAGCAAAAACGUGACAGCCCUGCAGGGCGAAGGCGGCCGCAGCAAGCUGCGCAAUUUGGCCGUGCAGCUCCGGAAGGCCUGCAACCACCCGUACCUGUUCGACGGAUACGAACCGGCGGACGGAGAGCCGUUCGGCGAACACCUGGUGGUGAACAGCGGCAAGCUGCGCUUCUGCGACAAACUGCUGCAGCGACUCAUCAAAGGAGGCAGCAGAUGUCUUUUGUUUUGCCAAAUGACGAGAAUGAUGGACAUUUUGGAGGACUAUUGUUGCAUGCGGGGCUUCAGUUACUGCCGGCUGGACGGCCAGACGAGUGCGCAGCAGCGGGAGCAGCAGCUGCAGCUCUUCAACAGCAGCAGCAGCAGCAGCAGCAGCUGCAGCAAACCCGUCAGCAUCUUCCUCCUCUCCACCAGGGCCGGCGGAGUCGGCACCAACUUAGCAGCAGCAGACACUGUCAUUCUUUUCGACUCCGACUGGAACCCCCAGGCAGACCUCCAGGCCAUGGACAGGGCCCACCGCAUAGAUGGAGGCGAUGCUGCAGCAGCAGGUGCGGCGGUCGCUGCUGGACUUCAGCAGCAGCAGCAGCAGCAGCAGCAACUUGUACGACGCCGUGGACUUGUGUUAUCCUGAAGAAAGAAAAGCAGCAGAUAGAGAGGCUUGGCUGCAGCUGGCCAAGGAGCAAAUGUCCACAGAAAGAGAGACUCGCCGGCGCCACAGAAGCAGCUACAGAGAGGGCCCCGAGCAGCAGCAGCAGCAGCAGCAGCAGCAGCAGCAAACCGCCAAGGACCCCCGAAAGCCGCCGCACAUCCCCCGAGUUCCCAAACUCCCUGUCAUGCAGAAUCCUGGAGCUGCAUGCGCUGGACUUGGCCUGGCGGCGCUCGCUGGGCCAGGCGAGGGCCCCCACAGCAGCAGAAAGGCAGGAGAAGCAGCAGCUAAUUGAGCAGGGUUUCAAGGACUGGUCCAGGAAGGACUUGAUGGCUUUCGGGGAGCGGUUUUCUCGUGGGCGCCGCCGCCUGGAUAUGCCAGCAGCAAAGCAGCCGUCCCCUGGAGCUGCAGCAGCAACACCAGCAGCAACAGCAACAACACCAGCAGCAACAACGCCGGCAACGACGCCGGCAUCAACGCCAGCAGCAGCAGUUGCUGCUGCUUCUCCUGCUGCAGCGGAAGAGUUCAGCAGCAGCAGCGCCGUCGACGGGGCGGCCACGCCUGUGGGGUUGCAGCCAACUCCAGCAGCAGCAGCAGCAGCAGCAGCAGCAGCAGACACAGCUGCCCCCGAGUCUCCGCUUUCGGCUGAAACGACAGACGCGAAGCGGAGGCGAUUAAUGUCCAAUGCAGGCUAG